AUGUCAGUGUUUUACCUCCCAGACACCAUGGUCAACUGGCCCUGGCCUCGUACCAUCAACCCUCAUUUCAAAGAUGUGAAAAUUGAAGUCGAUGCUGCGUUUCGUGAUUUCAAGGCUCUGAGCCCUGAGUCACAGGAGGCAUUUGACAAGUGUGAUUUUGCCCGACUAGCAGCACUGGCUUAUCCGAAUGCACCAAGAGAACACCUCCGAAUCGGCUGUGAAUUGAUGAAACUUACUAAGGAAAUGGUGGACAUCGUACUCGAUGCCCUACACCAUCCCCAUAAGAUACGACCGGAAGGUGAAUGCAUCUUGGGUGAAAUCGUGCGACGAUAUUGGGCUCGUGCAAUCCAGACCUCGAGCCUGUCUUCUCAGCGUCAUUUCAUUGAUAGCUACACCGCAUACCUUCAUGCAGUAGUUGUCGAGGCUCGGGACCGCGAGCAUAGUCAUUGCCGAAGUAUCGAUGAUUAUCUCAAGCUCCGACGGGACACGUGUGGCGCCAAAUCUGCUUUUGCAAUAUAUGAAAUGGGAAUGGAGUUUCCUGACGAAGUGUUCUACCAUCCUAACAUCGCGGAACUGGUUGAAUGUAUCGUAGAACUGAUUUUGAUCGACAACGACAUGGCCUCGUACAACAGAGAGCAAGCAACUGGGGACGAAAACCAUAACUUGAUCACUGCUAUCAUGUUGGAACUUGGCCUCGAUAGAAGCGGUGCGAUGGCUUGGGCAGCACGCUAUCACACUCAAGUCGAGAAGCGGUUUAUCGACGGUCUUGCACAGGUCCCUUCGUUUGGAACUUGCACCGACGUCCUCGUCAAGUAUUUUGAUGGGAUAGCAACCUGGGCUCGAGCAAACCACUGUUGGAGUUACGAGAGUCAAAGAUACUUUGGCACUAAGGGCGCAGAGAUACAGCGAAGUAGGACUGUCCCGUUGUUACCGAAGGUCAACUGCAGCGACGCAUCCUCGGUGGCGAAGGUCAAUGUUGCCGAUUUAUCGAAUAUCGAUGCCGCAGUGCACCGCGAGUAA